UGUAUUCUAUCAUAGCAACUUAAUUAAUCAUCUAGAAUUUUCAUCGACGAAAUGUUUAUCGAAUCUUGUUGUUGUGAAGCAACAUAAGCAAAAAACAAUUACCUUUUCCUCUUAACUCAACAAAGCAAUAAAAUCCUUUACUUGCAUGAGUCCAUGCUACCACCAUAAUCAGCAUCUUCCUCGUUCUCUUAUAAGUUAUAAAUCAACCAACCCCAAAUCACAACUCACAGAACCCUCUCCCUCUCUCACACAAAUCAAAUCUUGCACCUAUGGCACAAUAUAGAGUUGACGCAGAGUAUGUUAAGGAAAUCGAAAAGACUCGUAGCGAUCUUGGUUCUCUUAUUUCCCGCAAAAAAUGCGCUCCUCUCAUGCUUCGAUUAGCAUGGCACGAUGCUGGUACCUACGAUGCAAAAACAAGAACAGGAGGUCCAAAUGGCUCUAUCAGAAAUCAACAAGAGCUCAAUCAUUCUGCUAACAAAGGCUUGGAAAUCGCAGUUGAAUUAUGCGAGGAAGUGAAAGCUAAACACCUAAAAAUUUCAUACGCGGAUCUUUACCAGCUAGCUGGUGUUGUGGCGGUAGAGGUCACCGGUGGUCCAGCUAUUCACUUUGUUCCUGGUAGAAAGGAUUCUUUGGAAUCUCCUGAAGAAGGUCGUCUUCCCGAUGCUAAACAAGGUGCAUCGCAUUUAAGAGAGGUCUUUUAUCGCAUGGGUCUUAAUGAUGGAGACAUAGUAGCUCUCUCUGGAGGCCACACUUUGGGUAAGGCACAUAAGGAUCGAUCUGGUUUUGAAGGUCAAUGGACAAGAGACCCUCUCAAGUUUGAUAAUUCUUAUUUUGUGGAAUUAUUGAAAUCGGAAUCAAAAGACUUGUUGAAGCUUCCCACUGAUAAGGUUCUAGUUGAAGAUCCAAAGUUUCAUAAAUAUGUUGAACUCUAUGCUAAGGAUGAGAAAGCUUUUUUCAGAGAUUAUGCAAAGUCACACAAGAAACUCUCUGAAUUAGGCUUCAAUCCCAAUUGCAAUUAUCGUUCCAAAUUGGCUAAGGCAGUUUUAGGAGUGGUUAUUGCAUCAACUGUUGUGGUUCUGGGUUACUUGCUUGAACUCAACAAAAAAAUCAACUAAAAAGAUUAUCAUAGAGCUGUAUUUUAUUUGUUCACCAUAAAAAUAUAGUAUCAUGUACUACAAGUUGUGAAAUUCAAAAACAUUCAUAUACUGAAUUUAAUUUA